AUGAACAGAUCUUUGGCAAGACUUAAGAUACUUCAGGGACAUUUUGUGAAUGGGCAAGACCAGGAGACUCAGAGUGAAGGUCCUACAGCUGUGGUUCAGCUUGAGAUUAAAGAAGAUAUCAGGACUGCAUUAUUGACGAUUAACUCACCAAAGACACUGAAUGCUUUGAGCGAGCAGAUCUGGAGUGAGUUGAAUGCUCACCUUCUGAACUUGGAGAAAGAUGAUAGAAUCAACUCUGUUGUCGUCACAGGGGUUGGAAAAGCCUUCUCUGCAGGUGCUGAUUUAAACCAAAUGAAGACUAAUAAAUUUCCAAAUGUCUACUUUAAUGAUUACUUUGAAAGGGAUUGGUACAAGAUCCUCCCAUCUUUCAGAAAGCCAAUUAUUGCUGCAGUCAAUGGAUACUGCUUUGGCGGGGGACUAGAGCUAGCUUUGAUGUGUGAUGUUAUUUUGGCUUCAGAGAAUGCAAAGUUUGGACUUCCAGAAAUAAAAUUGGGUCUUUUUCCAGGAGCUGGAGGUACUCAAAGAAUUAUCAGACAAGUCGGUAAAUCCAAGGCUAUGGAGAUGAUUUUGUCUGGUGAAAUGAUCGAUGCUCAAGAAGCACUCCACUUCAAACUUGCUUCAUCUGUGCUCCCUCCUGACCAGCUGCUCGAAGCAGCCCUAAAAUUAGCCAAGAAAAUUGGGAAAUUGUCCAAAGUUGCUGUGGCUGCAGCCAAGAUGGCUGUGAACUACUCGGCUGAAGCUGGACUGUCCGAAGGAAUGAGGUACGAGUCAUCGAUGUUCAACUCUUUGACGGGCACAAAGGACGCGAAGAUUGGAGUGGAAGCAUUUUUGUCAAAACAGAAGGCUAAGUUUGUUCAUUCAUAG